ACCUAGAUUUUGUUUUUGAUUUAAAUAAUUCUAUAGCUAAACCGUUUAGAUUCCUAAAAAUUGAUACAUUGUAUUCUGUAAAUUGUAUAUUGCUGUAGGUAACUAUAAUAAAAGAUAACAUUAACUGUGACUUGUGAGACGUGAGCUUAGAUAUCAUUAUGUUCACUGAUGAUGUGGAUGUAGAUCUAUUUACUCCUGCUUCGAGCACCUCACUUGCCAGUAUAUUUAAAGUAUCUCAAACAGAAAAUAAAGAAGAUACUGCAUCCUUAAAAUAUAAACCUGAGCAGCCUCCUUCUCAGACAAAAGUAGAAGACAAAUCUGAAGAUGCUAAACCAACAGAAUGUGUGUUUGCAUGUGCUUCAAAUGUAUAUGAAUGGACAAACAAUACUUAUGUUAACAAAGGAAUAUUAGGAUUUGGAAUAAUAAAGAUUUUGAAGAAUGGAACACAUAAUUUUGUACUUUAUAAUGCUAACAAAACGACUCUGUCAUAUGCAACUUUCUCGCCAACAUUUGAAGUGCAUGUGAAAAAGUUAUGUUUUUCAUAUUAUGAUAAUGCACGAAAAUACUGGAAUAUCUAUGCAAAAGAAAAUGAAAUAGAAAAAAUUGUAGAAAUAUUAAAACAACUUAAUAUAAUGAUUAAACAAUCAGAACAAGAAAAUCCACCGACAAAUGUAAGCUCCUCCUUUGAAAAUCAAGAUGUAGAAAGUACUAAAGAAAAAUCAAUGGAAGAUAAAAGUGAUACCGAUUCUUCUGUCAAUAAGAGAACUAAGGAUUCUAUUAUAAAACGAAUGGCAUCCAUGGGACACUCAGUACUUCCUUACACAAAAGCAAAUUUUGAAUCAACUGACUCUUCUGAUUCUAAUGAAAGUAUUGAUCACAGGAGACCUACAAAACAAAAACCUAUUAAGUCAAGUCAGUCAAUUCCCCAUAAAAAUAUUGCAAGCAAUAUCCAAGAAGAGCUUGAUGGCCAAGUCUUCACCACAAAAAGUGUAGCUAAGACAAAAACUCAGCAUGGUGCCAAUUCAAAUGUUCAUGAAAACCCCAAUGAAGUUGUACCAUGUAGCUCACUAGAAGUUGUGAGCAACAGAAAGCCUGAAAUGCCUGUAGUAGGGAUGAGUGAUGUAUCUUUAUUAAUAUCUGAACAAAGAGUAAGCAAUAGUGAGCUGAGAAUAAACAUGAACAGAAUUUCCGAUAAAUUAGAUAUGGUAAUAGGCAAAAUCAAUGAAACUUCAAAUUCUGAUAGAGAGUACAGUGGGUCUAACUAUCAAAAUAUCAUAAUUCAAAAAUUGCUUAAUGAAUAUGAGACAAAAAUAAAGAACUAUGAGGAAUAUAUCCAAGCCAAUGGAUUAGGCAGUAAACUUAUUAAAAAUAAUAAGGGAGAUGAUAUUGGACAGACAAAAAUUGUAGAAGCAAGCGAAGAAAAUGACAGUGAAAUUUUACACCUGAAAAAUGAAAUUAUAAAGCUGAACCAACAAUGUGACACUUUUGCACAAAAAGAAAAAUCUUAUUUGCAUGAAAUCGCAAACUUGAAAAAGGAAAUUGAGCACAAAGAUGAACAAUUAUUGCUCAAUCUAAAUAAAAAAAUAGAAGAUACAUCCAGCAACUUCCAAAAAAGUGAUGAUGCAAAAAAUGAAAUAAAGUCACUGAUGAAUGAGACAUUCCAAACAAUAGCAGCUAACUUUACAAAUGAGGAACGUUACAGUGGUUCUAAAGUGAAAAGUGUUGUAGCUGCAGUAAUUAAAAAAACAACAAUAGAUUCCAUAAGCAAUUUGUAAAAUAUAAGUACUAUAAAUUGAUUUACAUCAUGGAGUAUCAGGAAACUAAUGUCCAAGUAAUGAAGACACUAUGUGCAGUUCUGCUAUGUAACUUGCCAUUCAAAAGUUAAAGCUAUUAACAUACAAAAUACAUACAUACUUAUUACUUAGCAAUCUGAGAGACAAUUAAUGUUAAUAAUAAGUAGAAAUAUUUUAGUAGACCUUGAACGAAAAACUGAAUGUUAUUGUAGGUGCAAUAUUGAUUUAUAAAUGGGCCGCGUCAGCAAAACAUAAUA